CAGGUGUGUGUGUGCUGCUGCUGUCUGCACUGGCUGUUUCUGCAGUCUCUCUGCAGGUCAGUCCAAACCUCCAGCAGAUCUUCAAAAAUUACGCUUCUUCUGUGUCUCUGAGUUGUGUUGAUGAUGAAGGAGAGACAGCUGAUGGGUGGAAGGUGAUGAUAACAACAGAUGACUACAGUUAUGACUGUGCUGACAGUCUAAGCUUGCAUGGAUAUGGUGUGGGAUAUUACUCUUUCUGUAUUCUGGAUUCAUUCUUCUCCUCUGAUCCUCUUUACUUCUGUGAAAACUCGUCUGGACAGCAGAGCGAUGAAGUCUCCAUCAGCAUUUCAGAUAGAAGUGUGAUCCUGGAGAUCCCUGCACUUCCUGUGAGGGCAGGAAGUAAUGUCACGCUGCGCUGCAGAAACCACAGCGGUUCAAAGGUUGAAGCUUAUUUCUUCAUUAAUGGGAGUCAUGUUGGAGCUGAACACAAGUCAGAGCUCAUCAUCACUAAUGUGCAGAAGUCUGAUGAAGGCGUCUACUCGUGUUCUGUCGGUGUAGAUAAAGAAUCUCUUAAGAGCUUUCUGAGGGUCAGAGAGCCUGCUGUCACCCCUUCUUCCUCCCCUCGUCCCCCUUUUCUUCCUCCCUUCCUCCUCCUCCUCACUUUUUGUCUGUACUGAGACUAUCCUGCCAUCUAGUGGUCUUUUGUCCAUAUUGCAUCUCUGCUGGUGUGCUGCUGUCCAUCUGAUGCAGAAGGAAGACGGCAAAGAAAUCAGCCAUCUCCAUGGAGAUGACCCGGCACGAUGGAGGAUGUCAGGGUUUGGAUGGAGACUAUGAAUGCAUGUUUGCUGAUAUGCUUUAUACAAGCCCAAGAUGUCUUCAUGGUGUGUUUAUUAUAUGCUCCUGUACUGAUGAUGUUCAGCCUCCUCUGAGUAUAAAUAGCUUUUGGGGUUUUUUUUUGGAAAUCAAUCCUGUUUCUCCCUCCAAGUGAGAAAACACUUUAUGUUUUAUUACUGGCUAUGGAAAUCGUGUACAU